UUCGCCGACUUGUCGAAGUGGCCAUAUUCGCAUUCCGUUGCUUGCAAAAUACACUAUUAGCACGUGGCGUGUGCUCGUAGAAAAUUCGGGGCUAGUCGGCCGUUGGGCGCGUCGAAAACUCUUGAGGUGGCAUCCGGACAAAGCGCGCUACCCAUCGCAAAUCAAUCGUGGCCUCGCGAGCGUUUAACAACACCGUAUCAGCGAAUUUCCAGUAACGGCAGCUACCGUGGACUCGCACUAUGAAUUCUCCGAUUCAUGUACAGUUAGCGAAAUGGACAAUACCGGCGAUGGCUUUUGCUAUCGCUUUCUUUUGGUACAAACGUCGUCGGAUAGACAGAGCUGAACUUCAAUGGAAUGAUACAGGGGGAAUCGUGAAAUCGAAUCACGAAGAAGAAGCAAUUCUGAGCGAUACGAAAGAGAUUGACACAAGUUGUAACCACUCUAGCAUUCAGAAAGAGAUUGGCCAACCCUCGAUCGACUGCUGUUACAGUCCACGAGAAAAGCCGUUUCGCAUCGAAAGAAAAGUCAGCGAGAACGUAGACAUCCCAAUUAAAAAAUCAACGUCGCAAUCAUCUUUUUGUAGCAGUAGCCAGUUGAGAUGCACGGAGACUGACACUAUGUCCAAACUGGAUGUACAGUUGAGCGGCAAUCCAAAUGCUAGCUACUUUGAUAUAAUCGCCAGGAGUCAGAAUGUACCUAGCGAGUCCGACGUUACGGUCAACAACACAGCGGAGAUAUUUCAAGUUGUUGAAAAGGAGCAGAGUCUGCAUUGCAAGAUGGAAUCGCAAAAGUAUAUCGCGGAUGAAUAUCACUAUGAAGAGGAUAGACAGCAAGCUGAAGUACAUACCAUCGAGACUCAGGGACAAGAGACUGAUGAAAGAGACUCGGCCAAUCACAGUCCGGUUUCCGGAGUCCUGGAAGACAGCGUUACAGAUGAAGCCAGGAGCGAAGGAAGUACUACGGACAGUGGGAAAGGUGGGAGUAUCAAUGGAUGCAGGAAAGAUAAUAUUGUACCAUCCGUUUAUGAAUUUGCUAUACCACAACAUCUGGUCGGUAGAUUGAUCGGCCGUCAUGGUAGCUUUUUACAGAAUAUCCGUACAAAAGCAGACAUCAGCAUAUAUGUAAAUGAUCACCCCUGUGAUGGCGAUCAUAAGAUUUGCUCGAUACGAGGAAGUGUUGAGAGAAUUAAUGUCGCGCUUAAAAUGAUAAGGCAAAAGUUCCCAGAGAAAAGGUUCCCGGAAGUAUCAUUAGAGGAGAUCUCGACGAUACCUCAAGUAAACGAAGAGGUUCCAUAUAACAUCUCCAUGAUACGUUCCUUGUCCCUGAUUGAUUGUGUUAGUAAUGACGUCUACGUCUCUCACAUGGUUAAGCCGAAUUGGCUCUUCGUUCAGCUUUCGACUCAUCCAUCGUUCCACCUUUUAGAAAGCUUAGAAGAUAGUAUGACGUGUUGGUAUAAUAACGUAGAAUUACCAUUGGAUGUACUCAAUAAAGGUACUUACGUGGCUGUAAAUUGGAAUAAAAAAUGGGUCAGAGGAUGUAUUGAAAAAUUAGACCCAUCGGGAGAGAAGAAUAUAGUGCGACUAGUCGAUUAUGGUGGCUACUGGACGAUUAAGAACUCGCAAUUUAAGCCGUUGAUUGUGGAUUAUCUGAGUUUGCCUUUCCAAGCAAUCGAAAUCUUUAUAGCCUAUAUCCAGCCAAAAAACGGUGAGUGGUCACCAGAAGCUUAUGACUUGGCAUAUCAUCUCUGUAAAAAUAAUGGGAUUGGUCAAGCUGUCAUUGAAUACCGUAUUAAAGAAAAUAUUUAUGCUAAUAUUUAUUUUAAUGUCCAAAAUUAUGGACUAAUUUCCCUCGCUGACGACUUGAUAUCGAAAGGCCAUGCGGAACGUGUAGCAGGGGAACAUACAAAAUUGGAAACACUUGAAUCUAUCUGUACAUAAGAGUUAAAGAACUCUAUCAUUUUCAACUUUCUUACCGAAUCAUAAUGCGUAAUUCACAAUUCUUAGCCAGUAUUGACUAGAAUCUAGUGUAAUCGCCAUCGGUAAUUCAUUAACAGUGUUGAAUUUAAUUUGUCCUUUGACUUUGUCUAAUAUUUACUGCGCUAAAGUCGCUGUGAAUACUUUGACAUACAUUCUUCCUCUAAUAGGUUGGUAUACAUAUAGAAAUAUAACAAGUAAAAUACGAUAUAUAAAAUAUCCUAAUAUAGUGUGAGAAAAUAAUUAUAUUUAACUGUACACAGAAGGUAUACAGAAAUCUUAAUCGCGUUUAAGCAGCAUUUAUAAUACUUCUUUAAGUAUUGCUCAGAAAGGAAGAUGCGCGUUCUGUAAGCAUAGACUCGUGGAUUCAAACGAGUUCUGACAAGUACAAAGGAUUUGAUUUAAUCCGAUAAUAUAAGAAUUCUUUUUUUAUGAUAACUUUUUCAAAAUUGCAUUUCUCUGAUAUUUUCUCUUUUUUAUUUAAAAAACUUUUCACAUUUAUAGUUAUUUACAAGAUAAAUUUUUCAAAAAAUAGCUUCAAAUAAGCACUCGGGAAAUUGCUUUUGUUGCCUCUAUUAUAAAUGUCUCAAGACUGUUAUAAAGAUAAAUACAAAAACAUCGUGUUUUCCUCUUCUAAAUCUUUAUUAUGCUUUUGUACAUAAUGUAAAAUAUAUUUUCAAUUGUCUAUGUAGAAUAUUUACUUAGCAAGAGAAAGAGAAAACCCUAAAGAGAAUUUUGCUAUAAUGUUAAUCACAUAACAUAAAAUAAAUAAUGACUGGAUUUUACUAGCAUUAUACGUCUAAGUUGAAAAUUGUAUUAGAUAACUCAGACGAAUCUGGAAAUUCGAUUUUACGUGACUUAUAUCGAUUUCUAAUUGGGGAGAGGCGAUUCGAUAAUUCAUUAAGAUAUAUCACUAAUUUAAUUUUGCGCUAAUUUUAUAUUGUAUCAAACUAUCUCAUUGUCGUAAAAACUAUUGUUAAAUGUGAUAUUUCAUUUAUUAUUCCCGCGUGUUCUUCAAAUUAUGUAAACAUAGUUAAUCUAAUUUAUCUUUAAACGUUAUUUUUUAAUAACGUAUAUUUUGCGUAACUUUAUUAUCGUAUUAUAAAAUAAUUGUUAUUUUAUGCUUAUACCAAUUAUUCUCUUAAAAUGAUUUUUGAGACAUUUUUUCGGUGUUUCAAGACUAAACUUUUGGAUUAAUCCAAACAUAUAUUGUAUGUAUUUCAUUGUUUACUUAAAUAUUGAUGAUUAUAUUUACGCGAUUAUUAGCUAACGCUUUUUUUCUAUAUGCAAAAUUUCGGUACAGUAGGACAUGAUUAAUUGAAAAAAUCUAUUUCUUGUGUAGUAAGCUCGAUUAAAAAUGUAAUUUGGCAAUUAUAAAAUGUUAAUACUGUUGAUUGGAAAUAAUAUAGAAAUAUUUUUCUAGGAAGAUAUAUGUAUACACAUAUAUAGAUAUAUAUAUAUAAGGUUACAGUCACUAUACCGCUCACACUGUAUAUGCUUUUUCGCGCGCUGCGACUAAAACGUUAUAAUUUAUUAUAUUUCUUUACAUUAGCAAUUCUCGACAAUACAGCGACAAUAUAGCGCAACAAACAUCAUUACGUGAUAAUUAUUAAUUAAUUAUAUCUUGUAUAUAUAACAUGUUGACAAUUGACUGCAAUCUUUGACUUAAAUUUUGUACAAUGCUUCAUAUACAUUAAUCAUUAUUAUAUUAAUUCAGUAAAUUAUAAGUUCACUUUGUAUAUACAUCUCGGUAUAACUUUUUAGAAGUUAUCAAACCUGUGUAUUAUUUUCAUUACUCAAAUUCUUAUAUCUUUUAUAUAACAUUCUCUUACAUCUUUUAUAAAAUAAAAUGUAAUAAAAAUUGCAGCAAAGAGAGGGUUAUGCCAAGAAAGUUACAGAAUUAUACUAAGAUUUACAGCAUUGUUUUGUAUUGUAAAACAAAUAAAGAUGUUAGUAAAUAGCUAAA